CGCGCCGAGGAGGCGGUGCGCUGAGGCGGCGCGCUGAGGUUGCUCUCGGUGAGAUGCCUCGCGGCAGUAGCGCUCGCGGCCCUAAGAGAAAAAGGAGUUGGGAUAUAGAAUGCCCAUCCUUUCCAGGAGAAAGACCACUGCAGUUCAGAAGAGCAGGACUCAGGACACCUGGGGCAGCUGCCUCCCUCUCUGAAGCAUGGCUUAGGUGUGGAGAAGGAUUUCAGGACACUUCUGGGACUCUGUCAUUAGCAGCUGAAGAGAAGACGACUACAGAAAAGCACCUUGAAUUAUCACCUAGACCCAAGCAAGAAACCACCACAUCUAAGAGCACCAAUGAGCUUACAGACAUUACAUGGAGUUCCAGUGGAAGUGAUUUGUCAGAUGAAGAUAAGACACUUUCUAAAUUACAGAGAGAUAAUGGACAUGGCUCUAGAAUAAACAGAUUUUGUAACAGGAACAUUUUGUGUCCAGAAGAUGGGGCCAGUGAAGAUGAAUUACAGUUUAUCGACUGGGAGAUCGACAGUGACAGGGCAGAUGCUAGUGACUGUAAUGAAUUUGAAAAUGGCGAGGGUGCUGUGGAAAUCUCAGACUGUGCUUCUUGUGCAAGUAGUCGGUCUUUGACAAGUGAUGAGAAGCUAUCUGAGCUUCCCAAGCCAAGUUCUAUAGAAAUUUUAGAGUAUUCAUCAGAUAGUGAAAAAGAAGAUGACUUGGAAAAUGUCCUACACAUUGAUUCAGAAUCCCCUCACAAAUACCAUGUGGAGUUUGCAUCAGACGCAAGACAGAUUAUGGAGGGACUGAUAGACCCAAGAACAAAGUCAACAGAGACCAUCUUGCAUACACCCCAGAAACCCACAACUAAGUUUCCCAGGACUCCAGAAAAUUCAGCAAAGAAGAAGCUUUUAAGAGGUGGACUAGCAGAAAGAUUAAAUGGACUGCAGAAUCGAGAGAGAUCUUCCAUUUCUUUGUGGCGACAUCAAUGUAUUUCUUACCAAAAGACACUUUCAGGUAGAAAAUCCGGUGUAUUAACUGUGAAAAUUUUAGAGCUACAUGAGGAAUGUGCCAUGCAAGUUGCCAUGUGUGAGCAGUUACUGGGGCCACCAGCUACCAGCCUCUCCCGAGGUGUGGCUCCUCCUGGAGCUGGCCUGAAAGUUCUCUUCACCAAGGAGACUGCAGGCUACCUCAGGGGCCGUCCCCAGGACAUUGUCCGGAUCUUCCCUCCCUGGUGAGUGCGCAGAACUGAAUCCAGCAGUCGCCAACUGUGAGUCAGCCUCAUAAGAAAAGACGUUUUUAUCAGGAACAUUUUUGUCACUUUAUCAUAGAGCAAUGUCAGAGGAAGAGAGCCAGGAUUGGAUGUGGGUUUUCUGUCAGAGAAGAACUGGAUUGUCUCUGAUGGUUUGUUUCUACUUCUGUCAGCAGAUUUCUAAUAAUUUGGGCUGAGAGGGUUGAGGAAACAACCAUAUUAAGAUUCUUGCCCAAGUGAUGUGUUAUAAGAUCUGGCUGUUUUUGUUUUUAUAUUUCUUGGAAAAAUAAUUUUAUUAAGAGGCAUUAUGUGACAAUAGGAUAACACACAUUAAUUAAAUAUUUCUUAGUCACUUGAGAGGGAAGGAUAAAAAGCAUGAACUGAGAUAUACUAGGGUUUGAAUUGCAGGAGCAAAAAUGAUCAUUAUUGGAUCAGAAAUUAUUUUAAAGGAUACUAUGUUUGUUUUCUUUUGCAAUGGGAUGUUGAUUUUUACCAUGAAUAGAAGAAAAUUGUACUGCUUUUGAAGGAAUGUUUGAGCACCAUGUUUUAAGAGCCAAUUAUUAAUUUGUUGGUAAUUUUUUAUAAGCUUUCAUUUUGUUUAUGAGGAAGGGUUAUAGGAUAAAUUUUUAAGCAUUAUUAUUGCUGGAUCAGAGGAUAUGUGCCUCCUUAAUUUUAGCAGACUUUGUCAAAUGGCGCCAUUUUACAUUCCCACCAGCAAUGCAUGAAGUGCUGUUUUCUUUUCCUUUACAAACCUACCCUGUUGAUCUUGACCAAGUUAAACAUUGGAAAUAUGGUGUUUAUCAUUUUAAUUUGUAUUUCUCUUAUAUAAAAUGGGCCUAGGCAUUUUUCUCCAUGUUUAAGAAUCACUUGUAUUUCAUUUUAUGUCCAUUGAUAAUUUUUUACCUUUCUUCUCUUAAACUAUUUGUCCAAGUGAUUUCUACCAACUUUUUUAUGUUAUUUUUUUUUAAAAAGCACCUUGUCAGUCAUAUACAUUGCACUUAGUUCAUUCCUCGUUUGUCAUUUGACUUUUGGCAUUUUUAGGGGGAGGGAUUUGUUUUGCUGCUUUGUUUUUGAUGAGCAGAAAUUUUCUCUUUUUCUGUGGUUGAUUUUAUCCAUCUUUUAUGGCUUCUAGGUUUUGUAUCAUAGACAGAAAGGUUUUCCUUACUAUGAGGUGUAAAAUUUAUUCUAUGUUUUAUUCUAAUACUUUCAUGGAUUUAAAAAAUUUUACAUUUAAGUCUUUGACACUCCUGGAAUUUAUCUUUAUGUGUAAUAUGUGAGGUAGUAAAUGCAAUUUUAUUUUUUCAAAAUGACCACUAGGAAUCUCAACAUUAUUUAUUGAACAUUGUGUCUUUUCUUCAUACAAUUUCAAUGCUGCCUUUAUCAUGUACUAAAUACCUACAUAUAUCUUUGGGCUUUUAGCUCUUUUAAUGUAACUGUAUUUGCACAUGCUAGUAUUAGUUUUGUGUGGUAUUUCAGUAACUGCUAGGACUACUCACAUCUCAUUAAGCUUAUUUUUUACAACUUUCCUCUUAAUGAUUGCUUUCUUUCUUUUUUGCUUUAAAUAUUUGCCUUAAACAUUUAUUUUCAAAUAUGCAUUGUAAAAGUUAAAACAAUUUAGAAAUAUA